AUGUUACUCACUCUGAUAUUGCUAGGAGUUUCAACGUCGGCUGCUUCGCUUGCCUUCAAGGACGAAUCGCAGUAUGGUGCUUCUGAUGUUGUGGAUCCAGUGUUAAUCCAUUCUGCCCACAUUCGUCAUGAAAGAUCCGCCAAGCACAUGCCUGAUGUUCUUCACUUCCGGUUUGAACUCUCUGGCGCUGAAGUUUCACUUAAUUUGACACGGAGUGAGCGAGAUAUAGAGAGUUACCCUGUCUAUCUGACUGAUGAACGUGGACCAGUUCUUCAAACUGACCUCCCGCAGCAUGAGAACACUGCAGUUUAUCGGAACUCAGCACAAGGAUCGGCCGCCAUCAUAACUCGAAAAACGGAGGAUGUGUAUCUGCUGGCUGGGACGAUCCAUCUCAACAAUCAGACAUACAAGAUCUCCCCAAAGAAACAUCACGUGGACAAGCGCCAGGCGUCCACUAGCAGAAAUCAGCACGAGCUGCGAGAGAUUGUGUCCUUUAGUAUGAAUAAUGACACAGCGUUUCCUUCCCUUGAGCAAGGCAUUCCGUCAAAUGUCCAAGGCAUUCCGUCAAAUGCACAAGGCAUGUCAAACGAUCAUACACACUAUACCAUCGAGCUGGCUCUAUUCCCUGAUUUCUCUGACUACACUGGCUUUCUUCGGGCCGCCGAUGGCAACACUACCGUCACCAUCUCCAACAUGAGACUGUACUAUGCCUUCGUGGAGGAAAUGAUGCAGGUACGAUAUGACACAGUGAAUGAACAGGACCCUUCCAUCUCCAUCACUGUCUGGAUAAAGUACAUCGACAUCGCCACUUCAGUAGUUGGGUCUCCUUGGACGGAGACAACAAAGAACGGAAGUGUUGUACCUGCAGUGCCGGCUCUCUUGAACCAUGCACGAUACCUCUUAGCUAACGCACCAAGGUCAGCCGACGCCUAUAUGAUCUUCACAAGAACACUGCUGUUUAUCGAAGCUAUGCACAAGGAUCGGCUGCCAUCAUUCAGCGAGAAGAGGAGGAUGUGUAUCAUCUGCUUUCUUCAGGCUGCCGAGGGUAACAGUACCGUCACCAUCUCCAACAUGAGACUGUACUAUGCCUUCGUGGAGGAAAUGUCCGCAGCUGGGUCUCCUUGGACGGAGACUAUAAAAAACGGAAGCGAGGUAUCUCCAAUACAGGCACUCAAUAACCAUGCAGAAUACCUCUCCGUAAACGCACCUAGGUCAGCCGACGCCUAUAUGAUCUUCACAAGGUACGCCUUAGGUGUCGCACCUUAUGAAAAUGGAACCAAUUUUGAGUUGAUGUGUAGAAUUGGGUACUGUAUGGCGCCUGGAAACCUGUGCUUUGGCUUCAUUCCUUUAGAUCAGACAUCAUGUGGCGAUAAGAAGUGGUGCGAACGCGGGGCGUGUGUCUACAAUGCUGCUGCACCACCAAAAUCAGCCAAGUGUCCACAAAGGGAUGACCCAGCGUAUGUCUGUGAAGCAGCGUCAUGCACGACCUACUCACCAUUCAGGUUGUUGACGUGUUGUGCUACGUGCGCUGCACAGAUUCUACAGAAAACGACCACAGUACGAUUCAUCGUUCUCCGAACCGCACCACCGAUCCUAUUCUUUGGGUAG